AUGGGUAAGGUUAAGUGUUCCGAAUUACGCACGAAAGAUAAAAAGGAGUUGUUUAAGCAACUCGAAGAAUUGAAAACAGAACUGACAAAUCUUCGGGUGGCCAAAGUAACCGGAGGUGUUGCGUCAAAACUAUCUAAGAUUCGUGUAGUCAGAAAAGCCAUUGCCCGUGUCUACAUUGUCUACCAUCAGAAAAUGAAGGUUAACCUCCGAAACCACUACAAGAAUAAGAAAUAUAAGCCUUUGGACUUGAGAACUAAGAAAACUCGUGCUAUGCGCAAGGCUCUCAGCAAGCAUGAAUCAAGAAUCAAGACCAGGAAAGAGAUAAGAAAGAAAUCUUUGUUCCCUCCUCGAGUUUAUGCUGUCAAAGCUUAA